UAAUAACGCAGCAGCAAAUAUGUUUAAUAUAAUCUUCGAUGUUCCUUCACUCAAGGAAUUGUAAAACAUCAGUGUUGGCUUUUCUAACGGAUUGCUUACAAAAUCCAUGUUUAACAUUCAGCUGACAUUAGCCUUGCCGCUUUUGGCCGCAAGGAGAUCGAGCUCGCCGAAAACGAGAUGCCUGGUCUCAUGGCUCUCCGUCAAAAGUACGGCCCUCAACAAGUCCUCAAGGGUGCUCGUAUUGCCGGUUCACUCCACAUGACCAUUCAGACUGCUGUCUUGAUUGAGACCCUCACCGCUCUUGGUGCUGAGGUCACCUGGACUUCCUGCAACAUCUUCUCCACUCAGGACCAUGCUGCUGCUGCCAUUGCCGUUACCGGUGUGCCUGUUUUCGCCUGGAAGGGUGAGACCGACGAGGAGUACAUUUGGUGCCUUGAGCAGCAGCUCCUCGCCUUCAAGGACGGUAAGGGUCCCAACUUGAUCUUGGACGACGGUGGUGAUCUGACUACUCUUAUCCACGAGAAGCACCCUGAGCUCUUGAAUGAAAUCAAGGGUAUCUCGGAGGAGACCACCACUGGUGUUCACCAUUUGUACAAGAUGCUUAAGGAGAACAAACUUAAGGUCCCUGCAAUCAACGUCAACGACUCUGUCACAAAGUCCAAGUUCGACAACUUGUAUGGAUGCCGUGAGUCUCUUAUUGACGGAAUCAAGCGCGCCACCGAUGUCAUGAUCGCUGGAAAGGUUGCUGUCGUUGCCGGAUACGGUGAUGUCGGUAAGGGAUCUGCUGCUGCUCUUAAGGGCAUGGGUGCUCGUGUGAUCGUCACCGAGAUUGACCCUAUCAACGCUCUUCAGGCUGCCAUGGAAGGUUAUGAGGUCACUACUAUGGAAGAGGCUGUCAAGGAGGGUAACAUUUUCGUCACCACCACCGGCUGCCGUGAUAUCAUCCGUGGCGAGCACUUUGCUGUCAUGAAGGAUGAUUCGAUUGUCUGCAACAUUGGCCACUUUGAUAUUGAGCUGGACGUUGCCUGGUUGAAGAAAAACGCUGUCAAGCACGUUAAUAUCAAGCCUCAGGUUGAUCGCUUCCAGAUGGCAUCUGGUAACCAUAUCAUUCUAUUGGCCGAGGGCCGUCUCGUCAACUUGGGAUGCGCUACUGGUCACCCUUCGUUCGUCAUGUCUAAUUCGUUCUCAAACCAGGUCUUGGCUCAGAUUGCUCUCUGGACCGAUAUUGGAUCCUUCCCCUUGGGUGUCCACAUGCUCCCCAAGAAGUUGGAUGAAGAGGUCGCUGCUGCUCAUUUGGCCAAGAUUGGUGUCAAGCUUAGCAAAUUGACUCCUGUCCAGGCUGAGUACUUGGGUCUUAACCCUGAGGGUCCAUUCAAGCCUGAGCACUACCGCUACUAAGCAGUCAUUUGCUCGUGCAAGUGUACAGCAAUUCCCCCCUUCUGCAUUCCUUAAACAAUCAAUUCAACUUGUACAAUAGUCUCAUUCACUCCUGUCUGUUACUUGCACAUAGUCUUUCAGUUGUAAAAAAAAAAAAAUUAUAAAAACUUUGUCUCAACACAAA